GGGACCUUCAGGGUGCAAUACCGAGGGCGGACGCGGCAACUGGACUUGCUUGUGGUCAAGGGCCCCUACAUUAGCUUACUGGGAUUGGCAUGGUUUGGACCACUGGGGCUAGCCGUCACCGGGGUGAACCACACUAGCUUACAAGAGGACGUGGACGCCAUAUGCAAGGAAUUUCCGGGGGUUUUCGAUGGGAAAUUGGGACAGUAUACGGGCCCCCCCAUUGCUCUACAGCUUGACCCCGCAGUACGACCAGUCAGGCUCAAGGCCCGCCGGGUCCCGUUCGCCCUGAAACCCCGUAUAGACGAGGAAUUGGACCGGCUCGUGGAGCAAGGAGUGCUGGAGCCGGUGCCUAAUGCCCCCUGGGAAACCCCAAUCGUCACGCCCGUCAAGCCUAAUGGUUCAGUCCGCAUCUGCGCAGACUACAAAUGUACCAUAAACAAGGCCCUCACGGCCCAUGCAUACCCAGUGCCAGUGGUCAGCCAUGUUCUUGCCACCCUGGCUGGGUCGAAAAUUUUUGGCAAGCUGGACUUGGCCCAAGCAUAUCAACAGCUGCCAGUAGAUGAGGCCACAGCAGAGGCACAGACGAUUGUGACGCACAGAGGAGCAUUCAGGGUAAAGCGGCUGCAAUUCGGUGUCAGCGUGGCACCAGGCAUAUUCCAGAAUCUAAUGGACUCUCUACUUAAAGGGAUUCCUGGCGUCACCCCCUUCUUCGAUGAUGUGUUGAUUGCCGGGCCCACACCAAAGGAGUUUGAGGACCGCCUCCGCACCGUUCUGCACCGUUUCCAGACGGCGGGUCUCAAGGUGAAGCGGGAAAAAUGUCUACUAGGAGUGCCUCAGGUGGACUUUCUGGGAUUUAUGGUGGACGCAGAAGGGGUCCACCCGACUGGGGACAAGGUACGGGCCAUUUGUGAUGCCCCAGCGCCCAAGAACAAGACUGAACUUCAGGCCUUCUUGGGACUAUUGAACUUUUACCAUUCCUUCCUUCCCCACAAGGCGGCGGUAGCAGAGCCCCUACACAGACUCCUGGACAAGCGGGCCCCUUGGGUGUGGGGCCAGCGCCAGGAGGCCGCAUUCCAGGCAGUCAAGGACUUGCUUGUCUCAAACUCGGUCUUGGCACACUUCGACGAGAGGCUGCCGGUGGUGCUAGCAUGCGAUGCCUCGCCCUAUGGAAUUGGCGCUGUCCUGGGACACCAACUCCCGGAUGGAAGAGAGGUACCGGUGGCAUACUUUUCCCAGACACUCAACGCAACCGAGCGGAACUACUCGCAAAUCGACAAGGAGGGUCUGGCAAUUGUGAAGGGAGUAAAAAAAUUCCAUGAUUUCUUGUACGGGCGGCCCUUCACCGUGGUGACUGACCACAAGCCGUUGCUUGGCUUAUUUGCCCCUGAAAAGCAGACCCCCCAAGUGCUGUCUCCUCGCGUCCUCAGGUGGUCAAUUUUCCUUGCCAGCUACCAGUAUGCACUGAUUCACCGUCCGGGAAAGGCGAUGGGCCAUGCGGAUGCCCUCAGCAGGCUACCACUACCGGAAACAGGCCCCGACCCAGCACCUGCACAAGAGGUUAUGAGCCUGGAGCUGCUUCCCGACCGCCCCAUUCAGGCACAAGAAGUUGCACACCAUUCCAAGAAAGAUAGGGUCAUCUCCCGGGUCCUGGACUGGGUGUGGAGGGGAUGGCCCAGCAGCAGCCCCGGGCCAGAAUUCGCCGGCUACACAACCCGCAAACAUGAACUGUCGGCCCACAAGGGGUGCCUGUUAUGGGGAAGCAGGGUCGUUGUUCCCCAGCCCCUCCGCAAAAGGGUCCUCACAGCCCUACACGAGACACACCCAGGGGUAGUAAGAAUGAAGGCCCUUGCCAGGAGUUAUGUGUGGUGGCCGGGGAUCGACGGAGAGAUAGAGGACCCAGUGUACGCAAAGAAUUUUGGGGCAGGCCCAGCAUGGGUACCCGCCACAGUCACCAGGGUCACUGGCCCCGUGUCGUAUGAGGUGCUAACAGAUGGGGGGCAAUGCUGGCGCCGCCACUGCGAGCAGUACUUGACGCUUCAAAAUGCUGCAGACUACCACUGUGAACCCAACAAUUCUGUUCCUUGUACUUGUAUUCGUAGAAAUUUUGUUCCUUCAUUUCGUAAGAUGAACAUCUUCCAAAAAUGA